GUGAUUCCUAUUCUGGGAUCGUCCUACUGGAAUGCUGGGUUCGUUCCAGCUUGAUUUACGUCCUCGUUCACUACCCCAUGCAACGAUCACUUCAUGUCUGCAUGAUGGUGCUGUGUUUAAAGGCUCACAAACCUCUAAAGGUAAAGAAUACGAUGUGGAGGUCACAAUACAGCUUGUUCAACCAGCCAAAAAGUGGUUGUGUGGUUACCUCAAAAUGGACAACCUUACCAAAGCCAAUGCUAGUCUGACUACUUACUUCGAAGGAGAGAUUAUAAGUCGAUUGCAUCCUUUCAUUACUGGCAAGUGGGACGCAUCAAUCGAGACAGACAUAUCGCACUGGAAAAGAAUAGCCGACAAUGGCUGGUUUGACGAUUUCCAGGAGGACAACUUCGAUUACUCACAGUUAGGGAAAUCAGAUACAAUUUAUAUGCGAUGGAAGGAAAAAUUCUUGCUACCAGAUCCCAAGAUCAAAGAGGUUGAUGGAGCGUCAUAUGCUGGUUUUUAUUACAUUGGUUUGAAGACUUCCACUGGGGAAAUUUCUGGAUUUUACUAUCAUUUUGAUUCAGAAAAAUUUCAGAGUCUAAAACUGAAAUACACUCCAGAGGAUAUCCCAUCCGUUUUCCAGUUGCGCUGAAGGCUCAGGAAAUUAUUUAUUACGACCGUUGGUGCUUUCAAUCAUCUGCGCUGACAUGUUCAUCAAAUUGGGAGCAACCUCCUACACGACUUUUGAUACUCACGUGGUCUUUGACACAUCAGAUAUAGAAAUACAUCUUACUACUUGAAACUUAACUGUUUCACACAUCCUGCUGGCCGUGUCACGGUUCAUUUAGGUGUGGAUUUUGUUUAUGC